UCUAGUCAUGGAGAACCAAGGCUGCACCGAGCCGCACACUUACGAAGACGUGCAGAAAAGCGGCUACCUCCGCAAGCAUAAAUCCAUGCACCGGCGCUUCUUCGUGCUGAGGGCGGCCUCCGAGCAUGGUCCUGCCCGCUUGGAGUAUUACGAGAACGAGAAGAAAUUCCGCAGCAAAUCCCCCGUGGCCAAGAAAGUGCUCAACCUGGAGACGUGCUUCAACAUCAACAAGCGGGCCGACUCCAAAAACAAGCACCUGGUCGUGCUGUACACCCGCAGCGAGAGCUUCGCCAUCGCCGCGGACAGCGAGGAGGUCCAGAACGAGUGGUACCAGGCGAUGCUGGACCUCCAGUGCAACUGUAAAACUCCUGAAGACUACGGCAGCAGUGGAGAGUGUAGCUCCCCUUCUCCAAUUCCUACUUUCAAAGAAGUGUGGCAGGUCAAAGUUUGGCCUAAAGGUCUUGGACAUGCCAGGAACUUAGUGGGCAUCUACCGUCUGUGCCUCACUGAAAAGACCGUCAACUUUGUCAAGCUGAACUCGGACAUUGCUUCUGUGGUGCUUCAGCUGAUGAACGUCCGUAGGUGUGGCCAUUCAGAGAACUUUUUCUUUAUUGAGGUGGGACGCUCCGCCAUAACCGGGCCAGGAGAAUUCUGGAUGCAGGUGGAUGACUCUGUGGUGGCUCAGAACAUGCAUGAGACCUUGCUGGAGGCCAUGAAAGCUCUAAGCGAGGAGUUUCGGCAACGCAGUAAGUCUCAGUCUGUGGGCACUUCCUGUGGCGGAGGCACCGUGUCAAACCCCAUUAGUGUUCCCAGCCGCCGACAUCAUCCCAAUCUGCCACCAAGUCAGGUGGGCUUCAACAGGCGAGCCCGCACUGAGACGCCCGGCGGCAGCAGCACCAGCACCUCGCCGACAUCACGUCACGGCUUCCCACGGGCGCGAACGGCCAGCAUCGGGGCCAGGUCGGAGGAGAGCGGAGUGAGUACCAGAUCAACAUGGGCCAGCUCGAGCCCAAGUCUUAACGGAUCCUGCUCAACUACUCCAACCCUUAGACCCAAGCCCACCAGAGCUCCCACCCCUGCAAAGAUUACCCUCAGUCUUGCUCGCUACACACCUAACCCCGCUCCCUCACCUGCUCCAAGCCUCUCCUCCAGCUCUGGUCACGGCUCUGAGUGUGGCCUAGUAGGGGCAGCUGUGGGAGGCAUGACAGUGUGCUCUUACACUCGUGUAACUCAGAGAGUUUCUGUUUCGGGUUCACCAAGCGACUAUGGCUCUUCAGAUGAAUAUGGCUCCAGUCCUGGUGAGCACUCCUUACUCAUGCCCAGUAUGGCUGCCCAUCACGUGCACGGAGAAGGUUCCUCCAGCUAUAUAGUCAUGGGUCAGCGGGAGGGCCUUCUUGGUUCCCAUCAUCGCUCCAAAGGCAGACAGAUUCUUCGACGUUCGUCCAGUCGGGAUUCUGAGGCAGAACGACGACUGCUAAGUAAGAGGGCUUCUCUGCCUUUGGCUGCCCAUGAAAGGCUCGUCCCGCAUCGAAAAGAUGACGACGAGGAUGAUGAAGAAUAUGCCAUUAUGUCACAGUGUGCUAACAGAGAAGGUCCUGGCGGUGUGGCGCUGGGGCGUGAACGACGAGAUGCAGUAGGGGAGAACAGAAAGAGGUUUGAAAAAAGGAAGGAAGUAGAAGCAGGAGCUCCAGUGGAUAGCGGCUACAUGUCAAUGCUGCCUGGAGUCACGUCUCCAGCAGCUGACGACGAGUACAUGGCCAUGACACCCAACAACAGUGUUUCCCCGCCUCAGCAUAUGCGGCAGCCCAGCACAGAGGGCUACAUGGUCAUGUCCCCCAAUAGUAGCGUCUCCGCAGAGUUGGGCAUGUGGGAUACCAGUGGGAGCAUGGAGAGCCGGGUCGCCAGCGACUACAUGAACGUCUCACCCAUCAGUAGCCGAUCUGCUUGUAGCACACCACCCUCCCAUCCUGAGCCGUACCAACUUCAACCAAAAAUGUUCAAUUCCUACUUCUCUCUGCCUAGAGCUUAUCAGCAUACCCUAUAUAGUCGUUUUGAGGAGGAUUUAAACAAAGGGGAGAACAAAAAGGGCAGUGAUGAUUGUGCUGUAGGGGGUAGUGCAGCAGGGUUCAGCAAAAGAAACAAAACAGGAGUGGGGCCGAGUGGAGGCUUCCAACUCUCCAUGUCUUCCUCGUCUUUCUCCUCAAGCUCUGCCAGCAGUGAAAGCCUGGAGGACAAGACCAUAUCAGCAGGGAAAGGGUUAAGUUUGUACAAGAGUGCAGGAACAUGCACUAAAGAAGGCCGCCACCAACAAAAACGUGGAUCAAGCUGCAAGAUCCCAAAGCAACAAAGAAAAGGCCGCCCCCUCAGUGUGUCUUCAGACAUCAGUAAAGCAAACACCCUCCCUAGGGUCAAGGAGAAUCUUCCCCCAAUGGCAAUUCAGAAUGUCGGUGACUAUGUGAGUAUUGUGUUCAAGGGGGACAAAAAAUAUGAUGGUGGAAGACAUGCCGGGUCCGAAAGAGCACAGCCUGUAAUUCACGGAACCCUACGCCCUUUGAACCAGCCCCUCAUUGACCCCAACAAUGUCGCUAACCUGCCUCGCAGCUUUUCUGCACCGUUGUCCACCUCUGCUGAGUAUGUGAGCAUGGAUGUAGGGAAGUCAAUAACACCCCUUAGGUCAACAUUCAGCCCCUCACUGCAGGGCCCACCAAUUGUACCCCCAAAGGGUCGACUAGAACAUGGCACAUCAUCUCCUCUGGCAGCUGAAGGAAACACUGCCUAUCAAUCAAAAACAAAGACUGUAGCAGACACCCAUAGUUCAUUCACAGACAAAGCUUCAGAUCCUAGCAUUUCAACGAGACCUGCCACCCACUCUGGUACACUUGUGUCUAUGGAGGACGAUACAGGAUUGGGCUUUUCUCCAGUCAAGUCCUUCCAGUGCCCCGAGCAAAGCAGCAGACUUGUCCGAACUGAGAACCAGUGUCGACGCGUUCACCGCCCAGAGACUUUUAACGCCCCUCCAUCUGUAUCGAGCCACCCACCUUCCACUACCACAGUCUUCCCAGAAGGCGGCCAGGCGGUGGUCCACCGGCAUGCUUUGGAUUGCUCUCCUUGGGAAACCGGUCAGGGGUCUAGUUUGUCUGCCACGCCACCUCUGCAAGCCUCUGCUGAACAAGGCCUUAACUAUAUUGACCUCGACUUGGCCAUUAAAGAGAACCCUCAAACUGGAGGGGAGCGUUCCUCUGCAGGCUACUACAUCGGAGCAGGUGCUGUGGGUAACAGUGCCGGCUCCAGCCUCAACAUGUAUGCCAGUAUUGACUUCUACAAGUCAGAGGAACUGAGAGCACACCAGAUUGGAAGAAAGGAUGAUCCAGAUUGUUGAUUUGUGCUCAUAUCUGCAUUGGACGGGUCUACGCUCAGCAGCCCAACUGUUGCCACAACACAACUGAGUCCCAACACUGGAUUCCUGGGAAACCUCAUCCUCAUCUUGUUUGCCAUUUUCUCUCUGCCAAACAUGUGCCAAACACACACUUGCACACUCACACACACACACACACACACACACACACACACACACACGGUAAGAAAAAUGCUGUUUUCUGCCUCAUUUGAAAUGAAACUGACGUCCGAUCAGCUAACUAGAGAUGAAAAGAUGGCGUGUGUUACAGUACGACAAUCUGACAAUCAAGUAAAGCCAUAAAGUCAGUAAAGUGUCACACUUUUGCUUCAGUUGUGACAUAACUCCUCCCAAAUUGAUACCAUUAUGAUCGGCAGCUAAGCAAAUGUGACAACUCAGUAAUGACACGUGUCCAUUUGGUGUAUAGAGUCUUAAUGUAAGACUUUGUUUUUGUCAACAUCAUCCAUCCAUUUUCUGUAUUAUUAAUCAAAAGACUGAUACAAAACACUUAAGACAAUUAUGCUGCUUAAUGAGUUUUAAAUGUUUUUCAUGCACCACUUUGGCUGUGACAUAACGAACAACGACAACUUUAUUUGACUUCCGAGAUACAGUUCAACUUGCAAUUUGAGCCGUUACUAUGAUUUUCUGCACAACUUAACGAGGUUUAUAAAAUAGAGAAUUUAACGUUCACACUGAUUUCUUCUUGAUAUGCUCUUUUUAUUAUGCUACAUGCAUUCAUGUAAUCAUCCUGGUAGCCAACACUGCAUACCAAUUGGCACAUUUGCAUAGCAUUCUUCUGCAGGGACUGUUUAGUCUGACCUAUUGGCAUGAUACAUGUCACACAUCAUAAAAAGAUUACAAUUACAAUAAAAUGUGUAUAAAACAAAACAAAAUGAGUUUGAUAAAAAAAAAAACAACAGUGGGAGUGUAAACACUUUUAAUCGCUAUCAUAUACAAACAGUUUGUUUUUCCUCAUUCACGCCAGUUUACACAAAUAUAGUUUGAUACAGUACAUUACGGCGGCAUAUAAAAUACACAGUAUACAUACAGUAUAAGGAUUACUUCUUCAUAGCCUAGAUAUUUACAAUAUACUCUUUUUUAAAGUGCCUCUUUUUUGAUUGUAGCUGUUUCACACAGGUAAUCUUAAAAUGGGUUGUGGAACUACACACACAAAAAAGUCAACACAUGAAUAUUGAUAUCAGUAAACUAGUUUGCCUUACUGUUUAUCUGGAAAUUAUUUUUUUAAGGGGCGAGGUAACAUUUAAACCACUUUGUCAGCAAGUUUGACUUGUAGGGCCAAAAAAGUGACGCAACAAUAUAGUGGCUUGUAUAUAAAUCUACAAACAAAGCAGGACUUUAAAAUGAAAAUGUAUUGAUUUAGACCUGCUGUGUAUUUUGAACGCAAACACGAGCGGAGGUGAUUUCAACUCUUCAGAGCAGCUAAAUGCUUAUCUGGGCUAAAAAAAAACAAUACGUCGAACAUGCGCUGUGUGUGUGUGUGUGUGUGUGUGUGUGUGUGUGUGUGUGUGUGUGUGUGUGUGUGUGUGUGUGUGUGUGUGUGUGUGUGUGUGUGUGUGUGUGUGUGUGUGUGUGUGUGUGUGUGUGUAUGUUGUUUUUUAUAUUUGGAUGUGGAGUCGGUCCCCAGAUGGUGUAAAUAGUGCUCCUUCUUUUAACUCUGCUCCGUUCACACUAACCCACCUGUUACUUUUUCUACAACUUCUGUUGGUUUUGCUGAUGUCAGACUCAUUGCCAAAAAAUAACAGUCUGACAGCAAGCGUCGGCCCACUUUAAAGAGCAUUUGUAAACUGUAGAGACGACAAAAAAGUCUCAUUUUAGUCCAAACCACUUGAGAGCUACUGGACCAAAAUAUGUUUUACAAUUUUCAACAGAAUAUUUUUAGAGUGUUUUUAUGACCUGUUGCAUGUUAUAAAAAAGAAGGACUUUUUUGGGAUAAAUACAGUAAUUCAGGACUUGUCUAUAGAUGACAACACACAUCUGUACACAAUGAUGCCUAAAGCUUCAGUAACUACAAUGACAAAACUCCGUGGGUUUCCUGGUUAUGUGUAUACAGGGUAUGAAGGAAAAAUAUGGUUCACACUGGUAGCAUCAUAUUUGUGACAGGGCUCUUGAAGAUUACUAUUACAGUUAAGCCUAAACUGGCUCCAUUUGUAUUAAAAGGGAAUGUGUAUGUGUUAGAGGGAAAUAAAAGAAAAUGUCAAAAGACUGGAAGCAGUUGUGUUAAUAAAAUAUAAAUUAUGUUUUUUAAAUUAGCCCCUGCCACCAGUUUGACCAAAAAAAUGGAUCUACAGAACAGAUCAACAGGAAAUCAGGCAUUUUGGCCCCAAAUCCAGGGAUCGGAUUCUGACAAACUCGAUCAUCCUCUUGGGGACUUAAAACGAAUGAGCCUAAAUUAAAAUCACAGAUACUAGACAGAUGAAGAAUGACAAAUUACGAAGUAUUUUAGCCUACACCACAGCAUGUGGGCAUGGCGUGGUGUCAAACUUUGACAAACAGUCAGUCUGAGGAGUCACCAAAAAAUGUAAACGUUAAUAACUGAAGAUGAAGAUGGCAGCCUGAAGCAAUGCAUUGGUCACUUUCUGAAUUAGCUGUGCGCUCAAUGCUGCUUACCGCUUUAAAUUGUUUUAUAUUCGUUAAUACUGUAUAGGAAACUCAAUCCUUUGCACCAUUUCAAACAAAUGUCUAACAAACAUUUUUAACAAAUCUAAAUGUUCAGGUGCAUAAAUUAGAAUAUCUUUAAAUAGUUUAUUUAUUUCGGUUGUUCAAUUAAAAAGUGAAACUCAGAAAAAAUUCAAGAAUGCAUUUUUUAACUUUUUGAUCAUUUUGAUGACAAUUAUGGCUGCAGUUAUCGAUUAUUUUAGUAAUCUAGUAAUCUUUUGAGUAGUUUGUUGGAUUAAUCAACUAAUCUUAAUGCACUCAUUGCAUAUUUUAGGGAAAACAGUUGAAAUAAACAACCAAUGUUCUGCCCGGUGUAACCUCUACUCUUUUUUUCCUUAUAAGUGCACAUUUAUCAACAUUUAAAAUUCCACUUUUAUCAUGUGUGCAUUAAUUCGCGUAUUUAAACUUCCAGGAACACUAAGUGGUCCAAAUAUUAUCCAUUUUACUGAGUUAAACUCAUUAAACGAUGAAUCCAAGAUACAGAAUAAAAUCAAAGCCCUUUUCUAAUCAAAUUAUUUGGUUUAAUCGAUUAAUCGUUGCAGCAUUAAUGACAAUAGCUUACAACUACUAACAGUAGUUUCUUGUAGAAUUUUUUAAAUAGUCAGAAACUGCAAAUCGCUGCAAAUACUUUCUGAGCCUUUAUUUUAGCAUGUAAGUUUGAAUUGAACUGUAUUAAAAUCAAAUACCUGCCUGGUAUUCUAUUUUAUUUUGCACCAUAGGAAGAAUAUUUGUGGACAUACUAUGUUUAAUUGCCAAAACGGUGUUCUAUUUUUAAAAACAAUACCACAACACAAGGCCUUGCAGUCUUUUGUCACUUUCAUGUGUCAUUUACAGCUGACAUUUUUUUUUUUUAAUCACUAUAAUUUGGCCAAGACAUGUGUAAUUUUUGCAUGAAAAAUAGUAUUUCUCCAGUAAUACCAAUAUUAGAUGGACAAAAUCAUGUCAAAAAAAUCAAAAUAAGGCUCAAAUCAAUAUUGCAUUGAAUUAUAUUGUAGAGAAUCAUUUAUAUUCUAAACAAGCAUAGCCCAUCACUGCCAACAGGUUGUGGUUCAUACUGCCAAACUCUUGUAAAUUCAACCAUUGACUUGGUUGAAGUGCUCCUUUAUAAUCUUGUUGUUACUCCAUCGGUGGAAUUCUUCUAAUUAGGGAUUACAGAGCCUCGCUGACUGUACCUCAUAAUCUCAAAUCUUGCAGACGAAACAGUUGGUAGUUAAACCCCCUCUCACAGUCUGAGACCACUACAGGAUAUCAUCAAAUAGGGGCAAAAUAUAUCGAUAAAAAGCUAUUUAACGUAAGUGAUACUGUAUGUACAAUCAAUAUGACGAUUAAAAGAGCAUUCUAUGUAUUUUAAAGCUAUUGAUACUACUUUGAUAAUGAUGUAAACUGUACAAAGACUGAACACGAACAAUGUAAAAUAUCAUGUGUAUAGAGGAGUUUGCGGGGACGGGCUUCUGUGGGGUUCAUUUUAUUAAAAUGGUUCCAAACACAAUAUUGAUGAUUCUUGUCUGUGAUGUAGACAACCAACUCAAUGUUUUUUUUUACAUACAGUAUAUAUAAAAAGGCAA